GCCAAAAAUGGACAGACUUACUUUCAUUAUUGUUAGAAAAUAUUAGUGAGAUGAUCGCCGAUGUGUUAUUAAUGAUCUAUUACAUAAUAAUGGCAUUUAUAUUCUCAAAAGCAUUUAAGCAUUAUGCAUGUUUUCGCAUUUUUGAAGCAAUGUCAGCCUCAACAAACGGAUACAUCCAUUGGGUUGAGAAGCUGCCCAAGUCUUUGUUUAUAACCAAAAUAACAAGACGAAUAACAAAAGGGUGUGACUGGUGGAGUAGUGGAACGAUCCGAGCUUUUUCCCCAGAUUCCAGAUUCAUCAUAAUAUUAUAUCAUCACUGUUACCAUGCCAGGCCCAUCAAACAUGGAAUUGAGAAGUUCCUCUCAGCAAGGCAGAAUACAGGAGGAACAAUCAGAACAAGGGAUCACUGAAGCCACAGCUUCAGUCAAUGAAGUAGAGGCCCUGCGGAGACAGCUGGAGACCUUAAAAGCAUCCAGAGAUGCAGAGUAUCGCCGGAGAAGAGAAUUGGAGGAGCAAAUUGACAGACAACCUCAACCGGUAGCUACACCAAGGCAGGUUUGGGAGCCAGCACCCAGAAUCCCAGUGCCACAAAUGGACAAAUUUGAUGGCAAUACCCCUGUGUCAGAAUGGUGGACCACAUUUAUGGCCUACAUCGCCCUACAUUCAAUCACCGAGGCCAAAGCCAUAAAACUAUUGCCAUUCUAUUUGAUGGGAAUAGCCCUUCAAUUCUUCACACACUUGGACAGCUUGUCAAAAACCUCACUAACCAGCAUCAGGGAUGCUUUCUUUUCUAGAUUCCGACCGACAGUCCCCAUAAGUCAAGCUUUGAUGCGGGUGAAGCAGGGAGCCGACGAAUCUGUGGAUAAAUACCUAUACCGAGUGAGGAAACUGGCUGCUGACUGCUCGAUGGAAGAGGACAGCAUCACAUACUUCGCUCGAGAGGGUCUUCUUCAGAAGCUGAGGGUAAUAGUGGUCCCACAGAACCCAAAGUCCCUGGAAGACCUCCGAAAAAUGGCAGCCCUUGCAGAGGAAGCUACUGGUAAGGAUACCGACACCCCGCCUACUGACCUAAAGACGGCCCUUGCGGAGGGAAUCAAAAUCGCCCUUGCCAGUGUGGAUGCUGCAGUGGAGACCAAGGUCCGAAACCACUUAGACGAUCAGCUUGCAGAUGUCAAUGGUGUGUUUGCAGGCCAAACCCAACAACGAAGGCCCCAACCAGUCUCAAGGGACAGGGACAACUUCAGACAGACUAACAGGAGCAGAGAGCCAGGACCUUGCUUCAGAUGUGGGGGGUCUCUCUCAUCAAUCUGGUACCAACUCCUGCCUCUCAUCAGUCUUUUCAUGCUAUCCCUAAUCCCAGUAGCAGUUGCAACAAACAAAGAAGUUGAGUUUAGUCCAGUGGGAGACAACAUUCAUCGCCUCAACUAUGGAGUAAUCUUUAAGAAGGACUCAACUCUAGUUUUGUCACAAGAAUAUUGGACCCACACCUUUCACCUACAGCUACCCAAUUCUAUUAAGCCCACCAAUGUCUCAACUAGGUGCAAUCGUAAUGAGUCUCACUGUUACAAAUGGAAUGAUUUAGUUAGUGUUUUUCAAACUCUGCAUGUUGAAACUCAAAGUCAUGUCAAGGAAGUUGUGAAAACUAUUAGGUCUUUAAUUCCUCAAACUAAUUUUCCAACAAAAUCUUCAAAAAAAUCCCCAAGAGCAUUUUUGCCCUUUAUUGGCUCUCUAUCAAGAAGUCUAUUUGGAACAGCCACUAUAGAAGAUGUUCAGUUAUUAGCCCGACAUAUCAAUGCUCUUAAUCAACCAACAUGA